AUGUCGCGGCAAUCCGAUCUUUCAGUCCCUAAAAGCGGCGUAUCCCGCUUCUCCAAGGCGUUGCCUGGAGUCCCCGGAUUCGACGGCUUCGACGACGACGACAGCGAGAGCAACGCCGUCAACAGUAACAAUAAUCGUAAUCGAAAGAAUAGCGAGUUGAGUCUCCCGGCGAGAACCUCAUCGCUCGCGUCGCCGCCGCCGACAAAGAACCUUCCGCUUCCUCCGCUGCCUCCCGCGCCGCCGACCAAGACGCUGCCGACAACGCCGCAGCCGAGUCGGGCCAGUAAAGAUAGCCUGAAUAAGAAUAUUAAUAGUAAUACAUCGAGUUACGACAACACGAGCAGCCAAAUCAGCAUUGCGGCGCCCUCACUUUCGCCUACCAGCUCUGUAUCAGUGAGCCUGCAGUCGCCGCCCUUGAGCGGCCGGUCCAUGAUGUCGAUCCCGCGGAAACCCAUUGCGAACCUGCAGCUGCCGGCGCCGACGACGCAAUUCUUGGCUCAGCCAUCGCCGACUUUCUCCCUGUCGAGCAUCCUGAUGGCGUAUAUGGAAGAUGGCGACGAGUCGCAGCAGAGCAGCGCGGGUGAAAAGGGCGAAAACGGACAGGAAGUCACAGCAUCUGGUAGCGAAAAGGUGGACGCUGCGCCUGCCAGAGCUCCAGCCGCCACCGUCACAGGCGGCAGUGGCUCACUGCCUGCUCGCCCCAACGCUGGCUUUGGCCACUCGCAGCGCCCUGCUGAGCGAACUCUUCCUCCACCACCUCCCAAAGACGACAAACCAACGCCCCCAAGACCAGACAGUCCAGAGCUGACCGCUCCAUCAUCGCCUCGCCCCGAGAUCUGGAAACGACGUCCACACAUGAGCCAAGCCAGCAGAGAGCUCCCUGGCCUCAAGCUCGACUACAGCCACGGAUCAACCGCAGACACACAGCUUCCCCCGGACGCAGCUGAACCGGAGACAACAUCAGAAGCAGCGUCCGACACGGCUAAAGCCGCAGCCCAGCGAGCUCCUCCGUUUGCCGGCGGAUUACCUGGCCGGAAUAUUCGCCCUUCGUUGCCGGCCAAGGACCAGCCGCCCCCUGCCACGCAAGCCAUGGGGAGCGAAACAUCCAAGCUGAAGCAGAUCAAAGAAAGACUUGGCUCUCAGCGAUCCGAGUCGGUAUCCAGCAGUUCUACUGCCAAAGCUGGUUUCCCCGGCGUCCCAGCUGCUAAGCGACCGCCGACACCAGAGUAUCAGAAGGAAGAGGUAAAAGUGCCUGCUGUCGAGCCUUUCGUCUCUCCCGUGUCUCCAGCAUCAUCUCCCGAGGCUCCAAGGGGUGCUUCUCCGGACUUUUCAAAAGGACUGCCGCCAAAGCCUUCCAACGGCAACCUGACUGCAACAGCAAGCUCUCAAAAACCUAUAUCACGAAAAGCCCUGCCGACAAGUCCUAGCCAGGACUUCACAGCUGUCAAGGAUUCCUUUCGCCCGCCGUCUGAUGCGAAUAGUACCAGUGCAUCCAGCCAAGCGGCUGUACCCUCAACAUUACCAAAGGCCGGUGCCACACUUACUACAACAACUGCACCAGUGGCUUCUCUUCCCAAAGACGAUGCGUCUACCGGCUCACGUGGUUCUGGAGACACAACUGUAGUGCAGCCUCAGCCCCAGCCCCAGCCUGCCGUGAUCCGAGCAGAUGCUCCCCAAACAGUGAAGCCACAGCGCAGCGAGCCUCAGGCGACGGCAGACCCACGACUUUUACAAUCAGAAACACAAGGGCUGUUGUAUCGGGGUCGUGAUGGCACGCUAUAUGCUGAGAUGAAAACCCAGGGGGAACCUCAUCCUAAGGCGUCAUAUUUUCCCACACAGACGUACCCAAACCUACCUAGAGAUGGUAUCGUCAAGGCGAGACCCCUCACUGACAUGCAUUUCAAUUGUUUCCAACAACACAGGACCAUGGCUCGCCGAAGCAACCGGAAUUGUCCACUGACCUGUCAAACUUGCGACCGAGCAGACGUCGAGGAUCGCUGGGUAUGUGCUUUCUGCCAUCUACGGAUAUGCGACGGUUGCUAUCGCAAGCUGGGCAGCUAUCAACGGGACCUCCGCCGUUUGGUUGACGUUUUGGCCAGUGCUGGACCUGCAGGAUUCACAUCUUCCUCUCGCCCUGGCACAGCUAUGGGGCUGUAG